AUGGGGAAGCUAGACGAGUACGACGAGAAGGAGCAGAAUUUUGAAUCCUAUUUAGAACGCUUUGAGCAUUUCGUCACUGCAAACGAUAUCAAAGAGGAAAAGAAGCUGGCCGUAUUUCUGAGCGUGAUAGGACCACCAACGUACGAGGUGCUCAAAAGUUUGGUAGUACCCGCCGUUCCUGGGGACAAAUCCUUUGAAGAGGUGACAGUGCCGUUGACGAAGCACUAUAGCUCAAGCUGUUCAGUCAUCGCCGAACGUUUCAAAUUUAACAAGCGAGCACAAGAGGAACAAGAAAGCGUCGAGGAUUUCAUAGUGGCCUUAAAGCAUUUAACAAGGAAGUGUGAUUUCGGUCUGUUCCUGCAAGACUCACUGCGAGACGGAUUAGUGGCAGGCAUAAGACGCGAAGAAACGCAACUCGCCUUGUUUGCUGAAGACAGUUUAACCUUUGAAAAGGCGUGCAAGAUAGCCUUGGAGCAGGCUGCGCGACAAACAGCGUUACUGCUUGCAGAAGGCAAGGAAGCGACGCUGCAUGCCAUGGCGAUAAGAGUUCAGGGAACUGAAAAGAAAUUGAAGCUUCGAAAAUUCAAGGACGUCAAGCGAGUCUGCGAAAGAUGUGGCAAGGCGCAUGCCGCUAGUGUUUGUUGUGUCACAGCUGUUCACAGCUGUUGUUGUGUCACAGUGUCACAGCUGUUCACAAAUCGGCCAUUUACAGAAGAUGUGUCCCAACAAGUGCAGAUAACUAAAGACUGCGAACGUGGUGGACUGCUCUGA